UCAGCACAGGGUCCCUUACAGGCACCAUCAGUGUGACUUUUCCAGCAUCCUCUGGGUUGCUCUGACUUUGCCAUCAGAGCCUGCAGAGGCAGAGCUGGCCCUGGCAGUGCCCUGUGCUGGGAGGGGUCUGCAGGGCAGAGCUGAGCCCCCAGGGCUGGGCUGGGCUCUGGCAGCACUGGCAGGGCCCAGCCCUGGGCACAGGGAAGCAGCAGCUGGCAGGGAGAGCUCCAGGCAGCAGAGCCCUGAGCAGGCAGUGGGGGGAAAGUGACACCAAGCUGGGCUGGGAUAUAUCAAGUCCUCCCAAAAUUGAACUAUUCCAUGAUUUCUUUUUAUUUUUUUUUUACAGGUCCCCACGCCAAGACACAGCAAAUGUCCAACAGCAGCUCCAUCAGGCACUUCCUCCUGCUGGCAUUGGCAGACACGCGGCAGCUGCAGCUCCUGCACUUCUGCCUCUUCCUGGGCAUCUCCCUGGCUACCCUCCUGGCCAACGGCCUCAUCAUCAGCGCCGUAGCCUGCGGCCACCACCUGCACACCCCCAUGUUCUUCUUCCUGCUCAACCUGGCCCUCACUGACCUGGGCUCCAUCUGCACCACUGUCCCCAAAGCCAUGCACAAUUCCCUCUGGCACACCAACAUCAUCUCCUACUCUGCAUGUGCUGCUCAGGUGUUUCUGCUGGUCUUCUUCAUUGGAACAGAGUUUUCCCUCCUGACCAUCAUGUGCUACGACCGCUACGUGUCCAUCUGCAAACCCCUGCACUACGGGACCCUCCUGGGCAGCAGAGCUUGUGCCCACAUGGCAGCAGCUGCCUGGGCCAGUGCCUUUCUCUAUUCCCUGCUGCACACAGCCAAUACAUUUUCCCUGCCCCUGUGCCAUGGAAAUGCCCUGGGCCAGUUCUUCUGUGAAAUCCCCCAGAUCCUCAAACUCUCCUGCUCACACUCCUACUUCAAGGAACUUGGGCUCAUUGCUGUUAGUGUCUGUUUGGUAUUUGGCUGUUUUGUGUUCAUUGUUUUCUCCUAUGUGCAGAUCUUCAGGGCUGUGCUGAGGAUCCCCUCUGAGCAGGGAAGGCACAAAGCCUUUUCCACCUGCCUCCCUCACCUGGCCGUGGUCUCCCUGUUCCUCAGCACUGCCUUUUUUGCCUACCUGAAGCCCCCCUCCAUCUCCUCCCCAUCCCUGGAUCUGGCCCUGUCAGUUCUGUACUCAGUGGUGUCUCCAGCCCUGAACCCCCUCAUCUACAGCCUGAGGAACCAGGAGCUCAAGGCUGCACUGUGGACACUGAUGACUGCAUGGUUUCAGAAACAGUGAACCUUUCCAAUUUGUGCAAGUUGCCAAUUUCUCCUAGUCACUUGCAAUAUGAGUCAUUUUUGAGAAUUCUUUUUUUUCCUUCAUUGCCGGAAGAUUUUACAUUUGUUUUAGUCUAAUAAUUUUGCACAAAAUCAUGCCCAUAUUUGUGAUAUUAUUUUGUCUCUCCUCCUUUGCUCUGGCCCCAGACUCUGUCCAGGACGGGCUCUGUUCUCUGUAGCUUUAAAUGAACUAAAGGAUCUCCCAAAACUGUUUUUACUGGAGUUCUCCUUUCUUUGGAGCUUCCUUCUGCUCCCUUCUCUAGAGCUGCAGCAGCAAUAUCUGUGUGCAGAGGUGGGGGCAGGUCAGGGGUGGCACAGCAGCUCGGCUCCUGAUGGCCACACCAUUCCUCAUCCAUUAAUAUUUUUACAACAAAAAAAACUUUACACUACUUUAAAAAAAAAAUACUAUAUAUACAAAUCCUACAAAAAUUACACAAAAUACCAUAACAAAACUACAAUAAAAAAUUUUAAAAAAACCAAAACAGAAAAACCCCCCCAACAAAAUUAAUAUAAAUCAUAGUUUAACCAUUCCCCAUAACUUACCACCCUCUUAUCAUCUCUUACCAAACUAAUAAUAGUACUAAUUUUAAAUUAUCACUUAAACCAUAUAUUCUUAACAAAAUAAUUACUAUUAUAAAAAUCCACCUAAAAACUACCCAUUUAAUACUCACCCAAAUUAAAUAUAAACCAACAAAAAACCCCCAAUCUUAACUAAAACUCGAAUUCUAGAUCAUCAAAAAUUAAAACAGUUCAAUAAACAAAAUAAAUAUAAUAAAACAAAAUACAAUCAAUAUUAAUUCACCAAACCUAAUUACCAACAACAAAAAAGCGCAAAAUAUACAUUUCCCAAAAUUUAACUACAAAUAUAAAACCUCACUACAGACAUGAAAUCUAACUACAACCAUCCAAUAUAAUAAAAAAAAUUAAAAAUCCUAAACAUUAUAUAAGAAAUAUAUAAAAAUUCAUCAAAAUACCAAAAUAAUGAAAAACCUUCAUCUUCACAACGACUAGAAAACAAAAAAAAACCCUAACAACACACCACAUAUACACAAAACACAACAAAAAAGAUACAGGACACAAAAAAUUAAAAAAUAUAUAAAUCAAAACUAUCAAAUAAAAAAUCAUGAGCCAUUAAUAAAGCAAAAGUUCCCCAACCACCCAACACUAUUUUACUUACUAUAACUUAUUAAAUAUAUUAUACUUAAUCUAAUCAAAUUUAUUUCUAUCAAUUCCUGUAACUCACUUAUAACACAGGCCAGGUGCCAUUGCCCACCUGGGCACACUGCUGGCUCAUGUCCACCCUGCUGUCCAUCACUGCCCCCAGGUCCCUUUCUGCCUGGCCCCUCUCCAGCCACUCUGUCCCCAGCCUGGAGCACUGCAGGGGUUGGUGUGGUCAAGGUGCAGGACCCAGCUCUUGGUCUUGUUAAACCUCACCCUGUUGGAUUUGUGCCCUGGAUCCAGCCUGUCCAGGUCCCUCUGCAGAGCUCUCCUACCCUCCAGCACAUCCACACUCACACCCAGCUUGGUGCCAUCUGCACAUUUGCUGAUGGUGCACUGUGCUCCCUUCUCCACAUCAUCAAUAAAGAUGUUAAA